AUCCUCAUCACGCCUCUCACCUCAGUCACACACACUGGCAGUCUCGCAGAACACCACAGCCCAAACCUCGCGAGCCAAACCCUGCACUGCAGAUGGCGCCCGUGGCGAGCAGCAGCUUCUUCCGGGAAGCGCGGCUCCCGGAGCAGCGGGCCGUCGAGGGCGUCGCCUUCCCCGCGGUGCUCGUCCCGAGCGGCGGGCCCCCGGGGCCGGGAGAGGGGAGCCUCGACGAGUUCCUGGCCGCCGUGCGGUCGGAGCGGGCGUCCCGGGUGGAGCCGCUGCUGCGGGAGGCAGGGGCGGUGCUGCUGCGCGGGUUCCCCGCGCGGACCGCGGCGGACUUCGACGCCGCCGUGGAGGCGUUCGGGUACGAGGAGCUGCCCUACGUAGGCGGCGCGGCCCCCCGGACCAACGUGGUGGGGCGGGUGUUCACCGCCAACGAGUCGCCGCCCGACCAGAAGAUCCCCUUCCACCACGAGAUGGCGCAGGUUCCAACUUUUCCGGCGAAACUCUUCUUCUUCUGUGAGGUGGAACCAAAAAGUGGUGGAGAGACACCAAUAGUCCUCAGCCACUAUGUGUAUAAGAGGAUGAAGGAAAACUUCCCUGAAUUUGUGGAGAAAUUGGAGAAGCAUGGCCUGAUAUACACAAGGGUAUUGGGAGAGGGUGACGACCCAUCUUCUCCAAUCGGCCGUGGAUGGCAAUCCACAUUUCUCACUAAAGAUAAAUCCGUCGCCGAGGAAAGGGCUGUGAAGCUUGGGAUGAAGCUGGAAUGGACCGACGACGGGGUCAAAACAGUGAUGGGUCCGAUACCAGCAGUCAAGUGGGACGAGAGCCGAGGGAGGAAGAUAUGGUUCAACAGCAUGGUCGCUGCCUACACGGGGUGGAAGGAUGCCCGUAACGAUCCAGUUAAGGCCGUCACCUUCGGCGACGGCUCACUCUUGCCUGCCGAUGUCAUAGAGGCAUGUGGCAAGAUCCUGGAAGAGGAAUGCGUCGCGGUCCCGUGGCAGCAAGGUGACAUCCUUCUCAUCGACAACUGGGCCGUGCUGCACUCUCGGCGGUCAUUUGAGCCCCCGCGGCGUGUGCUUGCUUCGCUCUGUAAAUAGCAUGUAAAUGUAUAUCAUGAGGGACAAAGCCUUGCUUAAGAUUGAUCCACACUUCUGUGUGGUGUAUGUACCAUGUACGUGAUCUGAUUUGCACAUACGAACCUGGAAUAAUUUUGUGCAGCAUGACAGGGAGAAUCAUUGUGUU